AUGCCAUACGCUGCUGCCAUCGUCAAUGCAAUCCGCAUGAUGCUCGUCACCUCAGGCACGAUUGACAAGGAGUCGGUACACAUCAAGACAAACUCGGUGCUGCGUGCACACCAUCGGGCCAUGAUGGCAUCCAUGUCAAAACUCGUCCUGUCCUCCCAGUUGAGCGUAGACAGUGCAGACGAAAACAUUAGCAAAAUGCUUUCUGAUUCAAACGAACUCUUGUUGGCCGUGCGCAACUUUGUCAGCACGUGUCAAGAUAUUCCGGUUUCUGUACACCACAUGGAUCCGUCCUUGAUAACAACAACAGGCAUGGGUGAACGUACCCUAAAUGGCAGCAAUAACAGUAAAGACGAUGCCAAUCAACAACAACAACAACAACAUCAACAACGCGCUAAAUACGCGUUACAGAACGACUUGGCAGAUAAUUUGGAAGCCUAUGGAACGAGCAUGCAGGAAUCGAUCGACGCCAUGUUGUCCAGCAUCAGACGCGACGACGACGGCCAGGACAGCUCACGAUUCUCGUUAGCAGCACUCAUGUUUACCCAAUUCCGCAACUUGGCCAACCAGACAGCCCAAUUCAUCGGCAUUGUCGAGGAUAUCGAUUUCAAUGACGUCGAUGCAUCGCCCUUGAUGGUCGAGCUCAAGGCGGACCGACAGCGACUCUCGGAUGGACUGGGCCUGUUGUUCUGCUGCAUGCAGUCAAUGACGGAUGAAACGGUGGCCAUACAGGGUAUUGUGGCAGACAUGGAGCAUGCUGCGACUGGCGUAAGUUUGCCGAUCCGUAAUAUCUGUUCGUGUGUUGACGCAGCACUGUCAAAGACACCGGCAGGAACAACCACACCAUCCAGCCCGGCACUCAUGGAAACAGUCAUUGCUGAAGAAGACGAAAACGAAAGCGUCGCUGCGGAAGGAUUUAGUACAGAUGACAAUGCAACACACGAAGGCACUUUACCUACAGAUACCAUGUCAGAACUCGAGCAACCCAAACAGCAAUCGCAAGCAAGCACACCGUCCACGAUACCCGAAUCUCCCACCACGACUACGUCACAAACAGCGCAACGCCAAUCGACAGUCGGCGGUGCAACCAGCUCACCGUCCAAGGCUACCUCGCGCAAAUUGAAAAAGUUCUUUGGCGACGACGCACCCGCUGCUGUUGCCGCUGCUGCGAAACCAGCCGUGAACGAACGAGCAUGGUACUUGCAAUACGACUAUGAUGUGAAUGAAAUUGUAUUCAACAUGGAAGGCUAUGUCAAGGGCGGCACGCUGCCUGCCUUGGUAGAGCGACUGACGCUGCACGACUAUCUGGACAUGAACUUUAUCAAUACCUUUUUGCUGACGUACCGAUCGUUCUGCGCGUCCAUGGAACUACUGAAUCUGCUGGAAGCACGCUACAACUUGAAUCCCCCGGAGGGCAUGACAGAGGAAGAGACUGAAGCAUGGACGCAAAAGAAACUCAAACUGAUCCGACUGCGUGUGUUUAACGUUCUCAAGAACUGGCUGGAACUGUACUAUAACGAGGACGACCACAUCAUUCUGGAUCGACUGCAGGAAUUCACAAACACAAGCAUCCGAAGCACAUUGAGCUUUUCGGCAGACCAGCUCGAACGAUUGAUCAAGAUGCGCAAGGAGGAUGAAAGUCAGGGCGGGCUCAAAAAGAUGGUCUUGACCCUGCCAGAUCCUCCCGAACCGAUCUUGCCACGCAACCGUAAAAAGUUCAAGUUGAUGGAUAUCGACCCGUUGGAGAUGGCUCGACAGUUGACCAUUAUGGAUUUCAAGCUGUAUAGCUCGAUUCGGCCCGUGGAGUGUUUGGAUAAGGCGUGGUCGCGUGAUACCAAUGAUGAUACUGGCAAGGUCGCUGUGAACAUCCGUGCGUCGAUCGAGUAUUGUAAUGAGGUCACUUCGUGGGUUUCGGAUGCCAUUUUGAGUCAGAGCGAUAUUAAGAAACGUAGCAAUGUCAUCAAAUACUGGGUCCAAGUAGCCGAGAAAUGCCGACUCUUGAACAACUUCAACACAUGCAUGGCAGUUCUGUCCGCCUUUGACAAUAGUUCAGUGGGCCGUCUGAAGCGAACAUGGGAAAUGGUGGGCGCACGGACCAACCAGAUCUUGUCACAGAUCCGCAAACUGAUGGGUGCUAACCGCAACUUUACCGAAUACCGCGCAAUCAUUCACUCUAUCAAUCCUCCCUGCAUACCAUUCCUCGGCAUCUACCUACAAGAUCUUACAUUCAUAGAAGACGGCAACCCAAACUUUUUGAAAAAGUCCAAAGAACUCAUCAAUUUCGCCAAACGCGCAAAGACCGCCGAAGUCAUUCGCGAAAUUCAGCAAUACCAGUCAUCAUUAUACCGUCUGAAGCCGGUUGAAGAGCUUCAGUCUUUCAUUCAAGCUAAUCUGCAAAGCACGCGGGACGAGGAGCAGCUGUAUAAUGAAAGCUUGAAAUUGGAACCUAGAGAGCGCGAAGACGAGAAAAUUACGCGACUAUUGCAAGAAUCUGGAUUCUUGUAA